AUGGAGCCACAAGAUCUAAAUGGAUCACAUUCGCAGAUAUCCAAUGAUGAAACACUCAGAAAAAUUUAUUAUUCAAUAGAAAACCCAGCUGGUUUCACAUCAAUCAACAAGCUUUACAAGGAGGCAAAAGAGGUCAAUAGAAACAUAACGCAAUCUUACGUUAAGGAAUGGUUGAAAUCACAGUUACCUUACACACUUCAUCGGGGAGCUAGAAGAAAUUACGAGCGUGAUAGGAUAGUAGUUACAGCGCCUGAUGAGCAAUGGGAAGCUGAUUUGGUUGAGAUGCAAGAAUUCGCAAGGGUUAACAGAGGUUACAGAUAUAUUCUGAACGUAAUCGAUUCUUUCAGUAAAUAUGCAUGGAGUGUGCCUCUUAAGUCAAAGACGGCUCCAGAUGUAACGAAAGCUUUCAAAUUGAUUUUAAAACAAAGAGUUCCAGGAGCCCUUCGGACUGAUAAAGGAAAAGAAUUUCUUAACUCUUCUUUGCAGAAUACAUUGCGUGGAUACGGUAUCAGACACUAUGUUUCCAACAAUCCAAUUAUCAAAUGUGCUAUCGUUGAAAGAUUUAACCGGACACUGAAAGCUAGGAUGUACAAAUAUUUUACUGCUAAUGGAACAAGAAAAUAUUAUGAUAUAUUGAAUAAAUUGAUAUCAGCUUACAAUAACUCGUAUCAUAGAUCGAUUAAAAUGAAGCCAGUUGAAGUUACAAGCGAAAAUAAGGAUUUGGUUUUCAAAAACUUAUAUGGAGCGCAUAACCUUCUUGAUCUAGUUUCGAAAGACCAAAAAACUACCACACCUAAAUUUUCAAUCGGCGAUUCUGUUAGAAUGAAAUACGUACUAGGACCAUUCGAUAAGUCAUUUUACCCUAAUUGGACUGAUCAGAUUUAUUUUAUCUCGAAUAUUGAUAAAAGCGGUACUAGAUUCAAGUAUUCUUUGAAUAAUUAUGAUGGUUCACCUUAUAAAGAUCGGAAAUUUUACACUGAAGAACUGCAGCAUGUGAAAGAAUCUAUUCAUAGAAUUGAAAAAAUAUUGCGUAGAAAAGUAUAUAAGGGCAAAAUAAUGUACUUCGUUAAAUGGUUAGGAUAUUCAAGUUCACAAAAUUCAUGGAUAAUGGCAGAAGAUUUGCAGAGACUCCGUUGA